AUGGCUCCCGCCAAGACCAACUUCCGCACCUACGAGGCCCAGACCCGUCUGCUAGCGGCCGUCAUCGCCUCGGCUGGCCCCAAGCUGGAUUUCAAGGAGCGCGUCGGAAUGGGCGCUACAGUUUCAUCCAUUGAGCAUCGCUUUCGUCCUAUCAAGCUGCUGGCCAAAGCCCAAAAUCUUUGCGUCGAGCAGGGUGAGGACCCUACUGACCUUCCGACCGAGCCUGGAGCCAUUCAAGCGCUCUUCGGUGAAUCGACCCCUGAUGGCAUCGAGUUCCAAUUCCGCAGUAUCAAGAACCUCGGCAAGGCUCAGAAGGCCGCCCUCGCCGCAGGCCAGGACCCCUCCAAGGUCCAGAUCGGUAGCGCUGCUCCCGGCUCGAAGGCUGGUGGACCCUCUUCUGCUGCCUCGACGCCUGGCGAUCGCAAAAUUGCCGCCACCCGAACCCCCGGAAGCAGGGCCGGCACUGGCAAGCGAAGCGUUGCUGGCAAGAAGCGAGCUGUCGAUGUUGUCAGCGAUGACGAUGACCUGGGCAACAGUGACUACUCCCAGGAUGUGACCCCGUCCAAGCGACCUUCCAAGAUGGCCAAGCCCGCCACGGCUAUCAACGCCAACGCCAACGCCACCUCGUCCCUGAAACUGGCCAAUGCUCAGCCCGCCCAGACCGGAACUCAGUCCACCUUUGCCGAGGGACAGUGGUACUUCCCUCAGCCCAUGAUGCAAGCCGCUUCCCAAUCGUCCGCCGGUCCUACCCUUCCCGCUGCCUACCAGGCUGAUGACGACGAUCUCAUGGAGAUCCCCCCUCCCCAGGCCCGCCCGAAGCCCUUCAAGCAGGAGCUGCCCUCGUCCGUCAUGUCCCAGGCCUCCGCUAACGGUGGCUAUGGCAAUGACUUCGGCUCCUACGGCUCUUUCGAGGGUGACGCCCCCAUAUCUGCAGUCCAGCUCAACUAUGACAUGCUCUCGGAUGGUGAGGCUUAG